UAAGGUGGCUACAGACACUUUUCUAGUUAAUCAGGAGGAUCGCUUCCCUUCUUGUCUUGUCCUCCUGGCCCUGGUGUUGACGUGCAUGCUGCUGUCUCUCCCUCUGAGCUGCUACACAGACACAGUCACCAGAACACAUAAGGAGCGCGGCUUGCUGGUUCUCUCACUCUCUGGAGCACAGAUUCAAGAUGCAGCAAGAAACCACCUUUUUCUAUUCCCCUUCAGAUCUACGGCGUCCGCCACAACAGCGGAUGUCACGCGGACAUUCAUAUGAAGAGAGAACUGCGUGGAACCCAAAGUGCUCUGUGGUUGCUGACCGUCAGAUGCUGCUUCUCGAUGGAGAGGAGGCGGGGAGGCGAGUUGCGUCAGCCAGGGCCCAUCUUCUGCGACGCACCAUCAGUGUUCCAGUCGAAACCCAGUUUCCAGAGUUCCACAGCCAGAUUUCCACAGAGAGCGAGUCUCCUCCGGAGCGGACGGGGCGCAGACGGAGUAUGCCAGGCUCCUCAGACAAGAACUCCACCACCAUGGAAGCCACCUCAACCGCUGCCACACCUUUCAGAGUCACCGUGAGUACUGGCUUUCUGAGUCGACGGCUGAAAGGCUCCAUAAAACGGACCAAAAGUCAACCAAAGCUCGAUCGGAACUCCAGUUUCAGACACAUCCUGCCUGGCUUUAGGAGCGUAGACAAUGACAGAUCUCAUCUGAUGCCAAGACUGAAGGAGUCUCGCUCCCAUGAAUCACUGCUCAGCCCCAGUAGUGCUGUGGAAGCCCUGGACUUAAGCAUGGAGGACGAGGUCAUCAUCAAACCUGUGCACAGCAGCAUCCUCGGCCAGGACUACUGCUUCGAGGUCACCACCUCCACAGGAAGUAAAUGUUUUUCCUGCCGUUCUGCAGCUGAGAGAGACAAAUGGAUGGAGAAUCUGAGGAGAGCCGUGCAGCCAAACAAGGACAACAGCCGGCGAGUGGAAAACAUGCUGAGGCUGUGGAUCAUCGAGGUCAAGGACCUGCCGGCCAAAAAGAAAUAUUUCUGUGAGCUUUUCCUCGAUGACUCACUGUACGCUCGCACUACCUGUAAGCUCAAGACUGAUAACGUGUUCUGGGGGGAGCACUUUGAGUUCAGCAACCUGCCCGCCGUCAGGAGCAUCACGGUCCACCUCUACAAGGACACAGACAAGAAGAAGAAGAAAGACAAAAACAAUUACAUUGGACUCGUCAGCAUCCCUGUGGGAUCCGUCACCGGACGGCAGUUUGUAGAGAAGUGGUACCCUAUAAGCACUCCCACCCCCCCUAAGGGUAAGACUUCAGGCCCCAUGAUCAGGAUCAAGGCUCGCUAUCAGAGCAUGAACAUCCUUCCAAUGGAGAUGUAUAAGGAGUUUGCAGAGUACACCACCAACAACUACAUGCUGCUGUGCUCGGUGCUGGAGCCGGCCCUCAGCGUCAAGAACAAGGAGGAAGUGGCGUGCGCGCUCGUGCACAUUCUUCAGAGCACCGGCAAGGCGAAGGACUUCCUUACAGAUCUGAUGAUGUCUGAGGUGGACCGCUGUGGGGAGAAUGAGCACCUCAUCUUCAGGGAAAACACUCUCGCCACAAAGGCCAUUGAGGAGUACUUGAAGCUGGUUGGUCAGAAGUACCUGCAGGAUGCCCUCGGUGAAUUUAUUAAAGCUCUAUAUGAGUCAGAUGAAAACUGUGAGGUGGAUCCAUCCAAGUGUUCCUCUGGUGAACUGCCAGAGCACCAGAGUAACCUAAAGAUGUGCUGUGAGCUUGCCUUCUGCAAAAUUAUCAACACAUACUGUGUUUUUCCACGAGAACUGAAAGAGGUGUUUGCAUCAUGGCGGCAAGAGUGCAACAGUCGGGGUCGACCGGAUAUCAGCGAACGGCUAAUCUGCGCCUCACUGUUCCUGCGCUUCCUUUGUCCAGCCAUCAUGUCACCCUCCCUUUUCCACCUCAUGCAGGAGUAUCCUGAUGACCGCACGGCUCGUACGCUCACUCUCAUUGCCAAAGUCACGCAAAAUCUGGCCAACUUCACCAAAUUUGGAAACAAGGAGGAGUACAUGUCUUUCAUGAACCAGUUCCUGGAGCAUGAGUGGACCAAUAUGCAGCGUUUUCUGAUGGAAAUCUCCAACCCUGAGACAAUCUCAAACACAGCCGGCUUUGAAGGCUACAUUGACCUUGGCAGGGAGCUGUCGACCUUGCACUCACUUUUGUCUGAGGUGGUCUCCCAAAUGGACCAGAGCAUGGCUUCAAAGCUAGGCCCCCUGCCCAGAAUCCUCCGGGAGGUGAGCACGGCUCUGUCUAACCCCUCCAGCGUCCAGAUGACACCUGGGCCGUCCUCAGAGCCCGUAGGUUCCCCUACUGCUGAGGCUUGCUGCAGCAUUUCCACCGGGCUGCAGAAGAUGGUCAUAGACAGUGAACUGUCAGGAUUGGUUGACUUCACACGGUUACCUUCACCCACUCCAGAAAAUAAGGACAUCUUCUUUGUGACAAGGAGCUCAGGUAUCCAGCCUUCCCCUGCUCGCAGUUCCAGCUAUUCAGAGACUAAUGAGCCCGAGCUGGGCAUGUCAAAUGGCAACAAGAGUUUAUCCAUGGUGGACCUCCAGGACCCCCGCAACCUGGAUGCCGGAACUACUCCGAGCCCGUCAGAUGCUCUAAAUGAAAGCCAAACCUCUGGGGGAUUGUGGCCAGCCAGAGUCUCACAAGGUAACAUCCCAGGAGGUCCUACCAUGAGAAGGCCCGGCCAGGCCCCCACUACCCCAAGCACAGAGAGCACUCCAGGUCGACCCGCGCAGCUUCUAGCCCCGCUGUCCUUCCAGAACCCAGUUUACCAGAUGGCGGCCUGUUUGUCAGUGUCUCCUCGAGGAAUGACUGAUUCGGGGUCAGAGUGCCACAGCUCUGUUAGUUCCCAUAGCAACAAUGAAGAUGGGCCUGCAGGAGGAAAGCAAUCUUUUAUGAACCAUAGCGGAGGUGGGGGAAGCAGCGGGGAUGAGUACACCAGGCGUUCCGGGGAGUUUAACCGUCGACAACUAUCGCUCACUGAGACCCAGCAGCAGCCCAGCGUCCCCAGACAGAACAGCGCCGGCCCACAGAGGAGGAUAGACCAACCUCCACCUCAGAACGUUACCCGAGGCCGUACGCCCCCCAAUCUGCUCAGUGGCGGCCCUUACCCUCGCCCAUCCUCUGGGAACAUGAUGACAUCGUCACCGGACUGGCCAGCUGGCGGCGCCCGUUUGCGGCAGCAGUCAUCUUCUUCUAAAAGCGACAGUCCUGAGACCAAACAGAGGGCUCAGCACAAACAGGCCCCCUCCCCAGUGAACCCCAGUGCGCUGGACCGCACAGCAGCCUGGCUUUUGAAUAUGAAUGUGCAGUAUUUAGACCAUGAGGGGAUGGAGCCCGAGUCACUAAGAAACAGAGAGGAUCUGACUCAGGUGGAGAAGUACCAACAAGAGAUUGCGGUGCUGCAGGAGAAACUGCGUGCGUCUGUACAGAAGCUGGAGGAGUACGAAGCCCGUCUAAAAGGUCAGGACGAGCAGGCUCAGAAGGUCCUGCUGGAGUACCAGGCCAGGCUGGAGGAGUCGGAGGAGCGUCUGCGCAGGCAGCAGGACGACAAGGACCUCCAGAUGAAGAGCAUCAUCAGUCGGUUAAUGUCAGUGGAAGAGGAGCUGAAGAAGGACCACUCUGACAUGCAAGCAGUUGUGGACUCGAAACAGAAGAUAAUUGAUGCUCAGGAGAAGCGCAUCGCGUCGCUGGAUGCUGCCAAUGCUCGUCUCAUGAGCGCGCUCAGCCAACUGAAGGAGCGUUACAGCAUGCAGACCCGUAACGGCAUCUCCCCCACCAAUCCAACCAAGCUGCAGAUCACUGAGAAUGGAGAGUUUCGGAACAGCAGCAACUGCUAAGGCUGCUCUGAGUGUGUUUGAGGCUCCUGAGAGUGUACAGUAUAUUCCUCCUUUUGGGCGUGUGCGUGGCUGUUAGAUGGACGGUGAGAACGUGUGGGUGUGUUUUUUGGAAAGCACUCAGUUUACUUCCGGAAGACAUUUCUAUUUUUCCUCUGUUUGGGCAAUGCUGGCCCUAAAGACAUUUCUACAAGGGGGCCACCCAGAAGGAUUGGAGCUUGAAGCAGAUCACCAGAUGGCCUUCUUUGGGAGGCUGAUGGAAAAAGGAGGCGGAGCCGAGCUUGUAUAUAAAAACUCCAAGCUGUGGAUGAAUUAAGAUGCUGGGAUGACUCAAACGCCCGGUCCACGCCUGGGACGAACCACUAUAAAAACCAUAAAGAUCGACAAUUCAGCUCCUCCCUUCCCUCCUGACAGCGAAGUGGGCCCAUUAAAAAACACAUGUUGAGGAUUUUCACUUAAGCUUGUCUCCAGAGGUUUACUUUCCAAUGCUUUAUCUCAAAGUAUAUGUUUUUAAAGAACCAAAUAUGAGCUAUAAAUAGAUAUUUUUUAAAUCCAAAACAAUCUUCUUUACUUCCCUUUGAAUUUAGAGGUGUGUUGCUGAGCGUCCCGUUUACCCCCACAACCCCAACCCCCCUCCACCCUCCCCCAUACCCUAAGCAGU